AUGGUGGAGGUAGAAGUGGAGGUGGAGAUAAAGGUGGAGGUAGAAGAGGUGGAGGUAGAAGAGGUGGAGGUGGAGGUGGAGGUAGAAGAGGUAGAGGUGGACGUGGAGGUGGACGUAGAAGAGGUGGAGGUGGAGGCUACUUCUGCUCUGAUUGCUUCCUACUUCCUCCCUACUUCCCCCUACAUCUGCCCUACCCCCCACGUCCUCCCUACGUCCCCCUACUUCUGUCCUACCCCCCACGUCCUCCCUACGUCCCCCUACUUCUGUCCUACCCCCCACGUCCUCCCUACUUCCCCCUACUUCUGUCCUACCCCCCACGUCCUCCCUACUUCCCCUUACUUCUGUCCUACCCCCCACGUCCUCCCUACUUCCCCCUACUUCUGUCCUACCCCCCACGUCCUCCCUACUUCCCCCUACUUCUGUCCUACCCCCACGUCCUCCCUACUUCCCCCUACUUCUGUCCUACCCCCCACGUCUUCCCUACUUCCCCCUACUUCUGUCCUACCCCCCACUUCCUCCCUACUUCCCCCCUACUUCUGUCCUACCCCCCCACGUCCUCCCUACUUCCCCCUACUUCUGUCCUACCCCCCACGUCCUCCCUACGUCCCCCUACUUCUGUCCUACCCCCCACGUCCUCCCCUACGUCCCCCCUACUUCUGUCCUACCCCCCACGUCCUCCCUACGUCCCCCUACUUCUGUCCUACCCCCCACGUCUUCCCUACUUCCCCCUACUUCUGUCCUACCCCCCCACGUCCUCCCUACUUCCCCCUACUUCUGCCCCUACCCCCCCACGUCCUCCCUACUUCCCCCUACUUCUGUCCUACCCCCCACGUCCUCCCUACUUCCCCCUACUUCUGCCCUACCCCCCCCACGUCCUCCCUACUUCCCCCUACUUCUGUCCUACCCCCCACGUCCUCCCUACUUCCCCCUACUUCUGUCCUACCCCCACGUCCUCCCUACUUCUGUCCUACCCCCCCACGUCCUCCCUACUUCCCCCUACUUCUGUCCUACCCCCCACGUCCUCCCUACUUCCCCCUACUUCUGCCCUACCCCCCACAUCCUCCCUACUUCCCCCUACUUCUGUCCUACCCCCCACAUCCUCCCUACUUCCCCCCUACUUCUGUCCUACCCCCCACGUCUUCCCUACUUCCCCCAACAUCUGUCCUACCCCCCACAUCUUCCCUACGUCCCCCUACUUCUGUCCUACCCCCCACGUCCUCCCUACUUCCCCCUACUUCUGUCCUACCCCCCACGUCCUCCCUACGUCCCCCCUACUUCUGUCCUACCCCCACGUCCUCCCUACGUCCCCCUACUUCUGUCCUACCCCCCCACGUCUUCCCUACUUCCCCCUACUUCUGUCCUACCCCCCACGUCCUCCCUACGUCCCCCUACUUCUGUCCUACCCCCCACGUCCUCCCUACUUCCCCCUACUUCUGUCCUACCCCCCACGUCCUCCCUACUUCCCCCCUACUUCUGCCCUACCCCCCACGAUCUCCCUACUUCCCCCUACUUCUGCCCUACCCCCCACAUCCUCCCUACUUCCCCCUACUUCUGUCCUACCCCCCACGUCCCCCCUACUUCCCCCUACUUCUGUCCUACCCCCCACGUCCCCCCUACUUCCCCCUACUUCUGCCCUACCCCCCACGUCCUCCCUACUUCCCCCUACUUCUGUCCUACCCCCCACGUCCUCCCUACUUCCCCCUACUUCUGUCCUACCCCCCACGUCCUCCCUACUUCCCCCUACUUCUGUCCUACCCCCCCAUGUCCUCCCUACUUCCCCCUACUUCUGCCCCUACCCCCCCACGUCCUCCGUACUUCCCCGUACAUCUGCCCUACCCCCCAUGUCCUCCCUACCCCCCUACAUCCUAA